AUGACGGGAGAACAUCUGGAGGAGCACGAUCCCGCGAAGGCCUCGGGAGCAUCCUCAUCUCUUUCGAUGGAUCCACCCUUAGAGCAAGAUGAGGGCAGAGAAGGAUCAUCGACCAUCAUCGCGGGCGCCACAACUCACACCAAUCUCGAACGUGCUGCCGUUGCAAGGAAGAGAGACGCUGGUGCUCCCAAGCGUGGCUUUCUGGGAAAGCUGAAGAAGAUAGAAAUUAAGUUGCUCGGCACAGAGGAGGAGAGGGCGCAGAGAAGAGCUGAGAUGGAGAAGGAGGAAGAAGAGGACAGGAAGAGGCAGGAGAUGGCGUACCAAAAGCAAGUGGAGAGACGACAGGCAUUUUACGCCGAGCGCGAAGCCCGGGCGCGUCAGGGAGGAACUCCGUUGUACCCAGAGGGGCCCGAGGAGCUGAAUGUAUUCCUGAACUGGCCGUAG